GCCCCUCAAAACCCCAGCUUCCAAACAACUGCCCACAGCUGGGUCCCCCAGGCUGACCAUCAUGUGCUCGGCGCUGUUCACUGGACUGUUGUACACCUUGCUGGUCACUACAAGCUUUGCUGCUAGUAUCUGUUCCACGAGAGGAACUACGUCCUGCAAGCAGUGUCUUGCCGUUAGCCCGCUGUGUGCCUGGUGUUCGCAGGAGGACUUUGGAAAAGGAGCUCCUCGCUGUGAUUUGAAAUCUUCUCUCCUGGAGAAUGAUUGUCGACCGGAGAACAUUGUAUUCCCAGCUAGCAGCAUCAACGUCGUGGAUAACCGACCGCUGAGCGACAAGGGUUCUGAAGCGGAGAUCACCCAGAUGACUCCUCAGAAGAUAGACCUUCGUCUAAGACCCGAUGACUCCAAAGUGUUUACAGUACAAGUGAGACAGGUGGAGGACUAUCCCGUGGAUAUCUACUACCUGAUGGACCUCUCCUACUCCAUGAAGGAUGAUCUGGAUAAGAUCCGAAUGCUGGGUACUAGCCUAAGUGAGAAGAUGCGGAGGGUAACCAGUAACCUACGAAUUGGAUUCGGGGCGUUUGUGGACAAGCCCAUGUCACCGUAUAUGUUCGUGUCGCCCCCAGAAGUCAUUGCCAACCCUUGCUACGAAUUUGGCACAGUCUGUUUGCCCACUUUCGGGUAUAAGCACGUCCUUGCUCUUACUGACCAGGUGAAGAACUUUAACGAAGAGGUCCAAAGACAGAAAGUCUCCCGGAACCGUGACGGACCAGAGGGAGGAUUCGACGCGGUGAUGCAGGCGGCAGUGUGUGAUGAGAAGAUUGGCUGGAGGAACGAGUCAUCCCAUUUGCUAAUUUUAACCACAGAUGCCAGGACUCACAUUGCUCUGGAUGGACGGCUUGCUGGUAUUGUUAAUCCCAAUGAUGGGCAGUGCCAUCUGGGCUCUGAUAACUACUAUAAAGCAUCCACCACCCAGGAUUAUCCAUCUCUCGCUCUGUUGACUGAAAAGCUCUCCGAAAAAAAUAUCCAUUUGGUGUUUGCUGUGACGGAGGUUGUUCUAGAUCUCUAUAAGAAAUACAGUGAGCUGAUCCCGGGGACGACCGUCGGAACACUUUCUGACGAUUCCAGCAACGUCAUCCAGCUCAUUGUGGAAUCAUACGAGAAGAUCCGAUCCAAGGUGGAGCUUGAGGUCCGCGACCUACCAGAGGAACUUUCCCUUUCCUUCAACGCCACUUGUGUUAACAAUGAAGUCACGCCUGGUCUGAAAUCGUGUUCGGGUCUAAAGAUCGGAGACACGGUGAGUUUCUCCUUUGAAGCCAAGGUCCGGGGCUGCCCCAAGGAACUCGAAAAAACCUUCACCAUCAAACCUGUGGGAUUUAAGGACACCCUGACCGUCACCGUGCGCUUCGAAUGUGACUGCGAUUGUCAGAAAGAAGAGGAGCCGGACAGCGAGAUAUGCAAUAACGGGAACGGGACUCUGAGCUGCGGGGUAUGUCUGUGUAACCCCGGCUGGUUGGGACCCCAUUGUGAAUGUUCUGAGGAAGACUACAACCCCACGCAGCAAGACCGCUGCAGGCCAAAGGAAGGGGCUUCUGUCUGUACCCGGAGAGGGGAGUGUGUCUGCGGCCAGUGCGUCUGUCACGCCAACGACAACGGAAGAGUGUGGGGAAAAUACUGCGAGUGCGACGACUUCUCCUGCCACCGAUUCAAGGGAGAGAUGUGCUCCGGUCACGGCCAGUGUAACUGCGGGGAUUGCAUCUGUGAGUCCGACUGGACGGGAGAUUACUGCAAUUGUACCACGCGUACCGACUCGUGUAUGUCCAGCAGCGGCCUCCUGUGCAGCGGCAGGGGCCAGUGCGUCUGUGGAAAGUGCGAAUGCACCCAGCCGGGGUCCUACGGAGAUACCUGCGAAAAGUGCCCAACCUGCCCUGAUGCCUGUACCUUUAAGAAGGGUUGCGUAGAGUGCAAGAAGUUUGAACGUGGCCCGUGGUUUGACGAUCAGUCUUGCAAGCAGAUUUGCAGGGAUGAGAUCGAGUCCGUGACGGAGUUGGGGGAUAAAGGAAAGGAUGCCGUUAAUUGUACCUACAAGGAUGAGAACGACUGCGUGGUGAGGUUCCAGUACCACGAAGACUCCAGCGGAAAGUCUGUGCUGUACGUCAUCAACGAAGCAGAGUGCCCCCAAGGACCCGACAUCUUGGUGGUCUUGAUGUCCGUCAUGGCAGCUAUUUUGCUUCUGGGUUUGGUAGCGCUGCUUAUUUGGAAGCUUCUCAUCACCAUCCAUGACCGCCGUGAAUUUGCCAAGUUCGAAGAGGAAAGAGCAAAGGCCAAGUGGGACACGGGUCACAACCCACUCUAUAAAGGAGCCACGUCCACCUUCACCAACAUAACAUUCAAAGGGAAUGCCGAAUGAUGACCGGCGCUGAUAAAUGGUCUCUGUUUUCGGACACGAAAAAUUCAGAAAGGUUUUUUUUUAUAAAUGACUACUGCCAAUUAUUGCCACGUUGCCAACGUUCACUGCAGAAGAAGAUAAAUCCGUGUCGAAUCACUCAGGUACUAGUUAUAUGUUUAGGGUCUUAUGGAAACUUUUCAGACGUCAUGAAAAACUGGUUCUGCCCGCCCAAGAAGACCAUUUAUGGGGGGGCGUUCGAGAAGAAAAAAACACCCAAAGGUGGACCAGGCAGCCAAUAGGAGGUGUCGGCAUCAUAGGAAUUUGAGGAACAUUCCGUUGGCCUACAGGAAUUUUUUUUUUAUUUAUAAGCAUUUUUACCAUUCCUGCUAAUACAUUCAUCAAAAUAGCGCCUACACCUCUCCCGAAACGAUUUACGACAAAUCAAUGACUGGACAAUUUUUACUUAAAGACGGAAUUAAAAUAAAUAUAUAUAUUUUUUUCCAUCAUUAAAAAUAACGUCCAGAAUAGGAGAAUAAAAAUCCAAUAUUUAGCUAUUUAUUUAAUUUCACUUCCAAAAAAAAAAUUAUUAGAUUGUUCUUCUUGCAGCCCAAUUUUUUUUUAAAAAAAAUUGCUAUUUUGCCAAUUUUUUGUUUUUUUUCCUGGGUGACGGAGAAUUAAUGCUUUUUUUUUUUUUUCCCCCUUGGUCAACCUCUUGAAAAUCUGAAAAAAUUUCUGUGCAAUGAAAGGACAGUACUAUAUCGUUUGUCUACCGGAGUACUGUGAAAAAAAUGUUUACCUGUUUAAAUAGUUUUCUGGACCACCGGAAAUAAAAGCAAAACCAGGAUUUAUGAACGAAAAGAAAAAAGAAAAUGUCAGAAAUUUGUUUUAUUUUUUUACGAAUAUAAAAUCAUUGUGCUUUUCUGCAAAAAAACGCUUCCGCUUCACACUGUCGCUAAGAAAUAUAGCGCUGUAAAUAGUAUUUUUUCUAGGCUAAUAAUACUUUUUUUGGUAAAUUGGAGGAAGACGCGUGGUUUUGCUGCCACCUAGUGGAGAUUUUGUAAAACUGCCGUUUUGUUUUUGAAAAAGUUCAGCUCUAUUUUUUAAAGUUCUGUCUGUAGAUAUAAUGUGGAAAAUCGAUAUAGAAACAUAGACUUUGGUGGCAGAUCGGCCCCAUCCGGCCCGUCUGGUCUGCCCAUUUUUUUCUUGUUUUCAUGUUUAAAUUCCCUCUACCACUUCUGCUGGGAGGCUGUUCCAUUACAGCUAAUACAACUGAAUUGGUCCGAGAGAAUGUUACAGGUACAAAUUUUAAACAUUUAAAUAAAUGGCUUUUUUCCCCCAAAUACAAUAA